UGUGGAAGCACAUACAGUUCACGGGAUCCGCCGUCGUAUUUACAAUUGAGUGCCGGGAAAACACGUCACCGAGUCAUUUGCCUUCGUACAAGUACAUAUAUACCCCGGCUCUGCCCGUUCCACGGUUCCAUCUUCUUCAGAAACAGGAAACACUUUCGUUGAUCUUCAAGUGAUUCUUGAAGACCACCAUCAUGAUUGCUGCCGAUAACACCUACACCAAUGGAGUCGCUCUCCCGCAAGGUGAUUCUCCGGAACUCAUCCUGGUUCCGGCGACGCCUGCGGAGAAGCUCGAGGCUUUGAAGCUGAACAGCAUCGCCUGGAAAGGUCGCCUGGACCUCGACACGUAUAUCGCGCGAGAGAACCAUCUCCAUCAGCAGCAGUUGGUCAAGCAUGGCCUCACCAGCUGGAUCUUGGUCGACCGCAGAGAGCCCGAGGGAGAUAGAACCAUCCUGGGCUCCUGCGAAACAUACAAAAAGAAAGCCUGGCUGGCGCAAGACGGCAGGGUGGAAGACGUCUCGACCAACGGGAUUGGAAGCGUUUAUUGUCGGCCCGAGUUCAGAGGCAAGGGAUAUGCAAAGAGGAUGAUGGAGGAGCUCAGCAACAAGGUCGAUACGUGGAAUAUGGAGUCCGAAAGCAGGAAGAAGUCGCUCUUCAGCAUUCUCUUCUCCGACAUUGGGAAAAACUUCUAUGCCAAGUUUGGCUGGAAGCCAUUCCUGUCUUCUCACUUCGCACUUCCACCCAUCACAGAGGAGCAAUUCGCCUCGACAGGCACAGGCGCAUCCCUCCCCAAGGUCAAAACUUUGACUGCGAAAGAUGUUCGUGACCGCGUGUGCAACGAACGGAUCCUGGAGAAGGAGCGCGAAUUCCUCCGCGAAGCAUCCCUGAAGACGUCCACUCCCAAGGUUGCAAUUGCACCGGAUUACGACCAUCUCCAAUGGCAUUGGGCGAGAGAGGAGUUUUUCGUCAAGGCUCUUUUCCCGGAUAGGGAAGCCCCUCUAGUGAAAGGUGCGGGAGAGGACGCAGCGGGGGUAUACUGCGCAUGGAACAGGAACUUUGGUGAGGUGCCUGAGGAAAACACUCUAUACAUUCUGCGGUGGGUAUACGAUGAGCCAGCCUCACCGGAGGAGAGACAGCGGACCAUCAAAGCCAUGGCUGCCAUCUUGAAACGCGCUCAGCUGGAGGCAGAUGAAUGGAACAUGAGCACGGUCGAGUUCUGGAACCCGACGCCCCUCCUGCAGGAAGCCGUGGCCAUGGUCGACUCGACUGCCGAGCUGAUCCACCGUCAAAAGGACAGCAUCGCGUCGAUGAGAUGGAGCGGUGCCGAGUUUGGGCUGGGCGAGACGGUGGAAUGGUGCCUGAAUGAGAAAUAUGCCUGGUGUUAG